UCGUCGUCGUCGUCGUCGCCGUCGUCGUCGACGACGGUAUUGCCAUUGUUAUUCCUCAUCAUCAUUGUGACGGAUAUUAUUCAAGCAAGUGCGAUAAAACAUUGGAUAGUUCGAUCACAUAUAUAUCGGAUAAUUAAUUAAUAUCCGCAACCGUGGAUACCAACGACCGGUACGAGAUGCAGAAGCGGGAUGGCAGAGACAAUCGCGGCGACAAGGAGCUCGGACCACGCGGCUCCGAUCAAGAAGUCGUCAAGCGGCCUUCCAAGGGCAGCGGUAAUGCACGCCCGGAAAAAUCGAACGUUCAUUCCCGGCACAGCCUCAUUACCUCGUCGUCCGGCGUGCUCAUGGUCGGUCCGAACUUCCGAGUUGGCAAGAAAAUCGGCAGCGGUAACUUCGGAGAACUUCGACUAGGGAAGAACCUGUACAAUAAUGAGCACGUAGCAAUUAAACUAGAACCAAUGAAGUCAAAGGCUCCACAGCUACACUUAGAAUAUAGGUUUUACAAAUUAUUAGGUACACAUGAGGGUAUACCGGAGGUGUAUUACUUCGGCCCAUGCGGCAAGUACAACGCCCUGGUGAUGGAGCUUCUCGGACCGAGCCUCGAGGAUUUGUUCGAUCUCUGUGGCAGAAGGUUCACCCUUAAGACCGUUCUCAACAUUGCUACGCAGCUCCUCCAUAGGAUAGAAUAUGUUCAUACACGGCAUUUGAUAUACCGCGACAUCAAGCCGGAAAAUUUUCUGAUAGGACGAAUUUCUGGCAAGCGAGAAAACGUAAUACACAUCAUUGAUUUCGGAUUAGCCAAAGAAUAUAUAGACUUGGAGACGAAUAAACACAUACCGUAUCGAGAGCACAAGAGUCUCACCGGCACGGCGCGUUAUAUGAGCAUUAACACUCAUCUCGGCAAAGAGCAAAGCAGAAGGGACGACCUGGAGGCCUUAGGUCACAUGUUUAUGUACUUCCUGCGUGGUAGUUUGCCGUGGCAAGGGCUGAAAGCCGACACAUUAAAGGAGCGCUACCAGAAGAUUGGCGAUACAAAACGCGCCACACCGAUCGAAGUGCUUUGCGACGGUCAUCCCGAGGAGAUGGCAACAUAUUUGCGUUACGUACGCAGGCUGGAUUUCUUCGAAACGCCGGAUUACGAGUACUUGAGGAAACUUUUCCACGAUUUGUACGAGCGACGUGGUUUUGUUAACGAUGGCGAAUUUGAUUGGACCGGCAAAACGAUGUCCACGCCCGUCGGAUCUCUUCAAACCGGCCAGGAGAUCAUCGUGUCACCAAAUCGCGAUAGGCACCCGACCACUUAUAAGGACAUGGCAGGUGGAGGGGUGGGAAGCGGGGGCGGUAAGGGGGUGGGUACUACGUGGCCAGAUACGGUGAAGCAAUCAGGAGCCGGUGGUACAUUGACACCUGCUGACAGGCACGGUUCCGUACAGGUUGUGUCGUCAACUAAUGGAGAAUUAGCUAAUGAUGAUCCGACUGCUGGCCACUCCAACACACCCAUCACGGCGCCUCAGGAAGUGGAUAUGAUCGACGAAACCAAUGUUUGCUUUAUUUCCAGAUGCUGUUGCUUCUUCAAACGCAAGAAGAAGAAAAGUGGAAGGCAGAAAUGACUGUCUGUUACUGUUGGUCUCGGUGGGACAAUAGAGUGCGCGGGUAAUAGUGUCGACGAGCAGCCUGAAGGAGUAGCUACCGGUGCACGCGACGAAGCCGCCGCGACGUUGAAAACGGGUAGACGCGGCGUGCGAACGGGACCGAGUGCAGCAGGUAGUACUGCUAGCACCACCGAUCCUGAGAGAGAAGCCGUUACCCUGUUGCGUGUCGGCAGCCGCUCUGCAUCUCGAGACUCGGUGCUGCACACCACUGUCACGAUGACGCCAACGCCGACCCCGCCGCCAUUGUCGAACUGAACCAUCACCAACACCGCUACUAUUACACGCAACUAUCUUAGUAUUGUGUCGCUAUUAUUAUCAUUAGUUUGACGGUUAAGCGACUCAAUCAAGAUUGUGAAAAUGAAGCUGCUUUUCCUCUGGCCAAUCGAACUUUUCGGCAAAGCGGACUCGCUGACGACGAUUCUCCUCCUCGAUCUACUGUAUCUGGAAUUUUGUGGUACUUUUGUUGUUACUACGUGGUAUGAUUAGAAUUGGUUUAGCUAAUGUCUGUGUUACGGUAAGAGAGUUUCGCAUGACCGAUUGGCCGAUUGUCGCGGCGUUACUUAAACCUUAGAUUUACGAAAAACUUGAUACAUUGAUACCGAAAAAAUCUUUAUAGGAAGUUAACAAGUCCUUUUUAUCACAACCCGCUCUUUUUAUUUUUCCAUACACGGUACGUAAAAUAAAUCUACGAAGUACAUCUGUACAGGUGGAGAAAGAAAUAGCUAUAUUAGUAUUGUAUGUUAAAUACGAAGUUAAAGUUUUCCUAACGGGGGAAACACAUUUAAUCGCUGGUCUCCGAUCAAUGAAGUAAUAAAGUUACAAUUUUAUCGGAUUGAAAUGUAUUUUUAUGUACUUUGCUCGUUAUUAUGAAAUAUUGCAAUGUGAAACAUUCAUCAACAAAUACACAGGAUCGAUUUGUCUUAUAUAUCCGCGCCGAAGAACUGAAUGAAUUCAAUUAUUAUUCUAUAAUAAAAAUUCUUUUUGUCGCUAGAGUAAAGUUUUCACUUUAAAGUUAAUAUUCAAUUUCAAUUGAAUAUCUCAUCACAUUGUAGAUGUGCAUGGUAUGCAUUUUAUAAAUUUCGUUCAAUUCAGCUAUACUUUCUCUUUUUCCUGUCAUGGCAAAUAAAAUGAUGAAUGACUUUCUGUGGCCUUGAGCUACUGAUUGCAGUCAAGACGUUGGCGAAUCCCACUUACCUACUUACUGAAUAAAUCCUCUCAUUUAGCCAAGAAAGAUGACCUCGUACUAUUAUUAUUGCAUACUAUUGUCAUAAUUACGUUUUUUCUUGUUACUAUUCGCUACUCGCUACUAUUUCUAUUUGCUGCUAUUGUUGCUACUACUAUUAUUAUAAAAUAAUUAGUCUCUAUAUUAUUACCUUAUUUCAUCAUUAUUAAUAUUAUUAUUAUUAAGUUGGUUCACGCUCGUGCUUAUCAUCAUCAUUGUCAUCAUCAUCAUCAUCAUCCAUCAUUGUUAUUAUUUUCAUUUUUUAUUAUCUUUAUUAUUUCUUACAUUCGCGUUUAUUGAUCACGAUUUUAUCGAUAUCGACGUCAUUAUAUUGACAUGUUGCUAUUGACUGAGAACGGUCGUCGGCUGUGACGGUGGCCAGAAACAGUUCAUUACCGGUGAUAACAAACCGGAUCGCAUCCUCAUUAUAAAGAAAUAAGAAGGAAUUGAGAAAGAGAGAGAGAGAAAAGAUGUUAAGAGAACUGUUUGUGCCUACAACUUUCUUGUACUACGCGGGUACUUUUUCAUUCGUGUUGUGCAAUGGACACGCAUUGGCAAAAUUCGUGCGAUCGUAUGUAUACUACGAAUUAUAAAUGAAUUAAAGCUAUUAUAGAUCUCAUUGUAUUAUCACAGCUCUACACAAGAUAAAAUCGAGCAUUGUAUUCCCGAAUUUGUUGCAAUUGAGACUUCGAUUGUUAAUCCGGAUUAUAAUCCUCUGAAAGACGUGAAACUGAAAACUUGAAGAUGCGCGAAAUUGAAAAUCUCAAUUUUUCUAACCGACUUUUGAGAGUAAUAUCGAAAUAGAUAAGUGCUCCGUAUAGUUUCGCUCUUUAUGUACAAUUUAAAUUCAUUUCAUUGGAAUGUGUUAUGAGUCACAAGAAUAUGAUUGAAGUGUUACGAAUUAUAGAAAUAUACAUGAAAUACAUAAAAUGUAUGUUGUAUGUGAAGUGAAAAUUGAGUUCCACAGUUUUUAUUAUCAUAUCUUUUAAUUUUAGUUUUGUUUCUUACGCAUUUUUUUUAAAUCUGAAAUACACAAAUUCUGAUUCUGAACAAUGAAUGUUUAUACCGUACAUGUUUUUUUGUAAAAGUAUUUUGUUUGUACAUAUACAUAUGUGCGUAUGCACAGACAGGUUCAAAAAUCAGUGUCCCAAGCUGUGUAGAUUCGUCUAGUGCUUAUCGAAGUAAACAAGAACGUGUAGAUAAACAAGCGUAGAAGUCAAUGGUUUUCAUGUUAUAAAAUAUGUAUUGAUGCAUCUAUCUAAAGUGUUCUGUUUAGUAGCGAUUAUUGUCAAUUAAUCUUGUCUGCUGACAAUGAAACUGACAGUCAUGCAAAAAAAAGUCUGUUAUAACAAACUAAUAUGUUUUUUUAUUACUAGAAAACUCGCGUGCACUAUCAGUUUUUUAUUUAUUUGAAUGAAUAUUAUUUUGUAUACGUCUAAGAAGCGGAACAUUGACAGAACACUGUGUGUGCGGACGCCCUGUGUUGUAUAUAUGUAUGUGUACAUGCUAUAUAUAGAUACGCGUAAUAUAAAUAUUUUGGUAUUUGUAAAAAUAUAU